UUCAUCUGCCGCCAUCCCAACGGGUGCAUUUGCAUCGUUCGGUCUGAACUCUCUGCGGGAAGUAGCGCUUUUGGGAAUCACUCAAGUCUCCAGCGAUGCGUUUUCCAAUCUUGCCAACCUUCGCGACUUGAAGUUGAACGGACCAAUCACCCAGCUGGCUUCGGCGUCGUUCCGAGGGCUGUCAGCCCUGACCCGCCUACGUUUGGAAGGACCUCUCACCACGCUGCCUCCGGGUCUUUUCCAGAACCUGACGGCAUUGCAAUCUGUCAACUUUGCCUCUCACCAAUUUGCAGCUACCAGUACAAAUGCCCCUCCGAGCACUUACGGAACUGCUUCCAGCCCACUCCUGCUACACCCAAUCAUGUGUCGAUGCCAUGGCCUCGAUCGCUUCCGAUGCUUCUGUCGCUUUUGUAUCAGCAACCUCUGCUGCUUCGGCCGCUUCCUUUGCCUUUGUAUCAGCAACUUCUGCUGCAUCGGCUGCCUCGGUCUCGAUUGUUUCGGCGACGUCUGCUGCCUCGGUCUCUUUUGUUUCGGCGACGUCUGCUGCUUCCGUUGCCAUUGCAUCAGCAGCCUCUGUUGCUUCUGCUGCUUCUGACUCGGCUACAUCUGCUGCCUCCAUCUCUUUUGCGUCAGCAACAUCUGCUGCCUCCGUCUCUUUUGCAUCAGCAACAUCGGCUGCCUCCGCCUCUUUUGCCUCUGCAACAUCGGCUGCUUCUGUUGCCUCCGUCUCCAUCCUCAACCUCCCGCCAUCGUCGGAUGCAGCAUCUGCGCCUAUCGCAGCGAUUGCCGGGGCGAUAGCCGGCGUUGUGCUUCUUCUUGUUGUGAUGGCGCUGAUUCUCAGGCACAGACGCCGGCGGCAGCAAGCCCAAGCAGCAACGAUCGACCGGCUCAGCAAGUCCGAGCUGGUCCCCAUCCGCGAGAGCGAACUCAGCAAAAUAUCGAAUGUCACCAACAAUACUCCCACCGCGGUUUCUCAAGCUCCCAAUCGCUCGACGACUGUGAAGGCUGGCGUUGCAUCUCCCUCGACAGCCGAGUCAGACUACGCUUCUGUUGGUCAAGCGUUCUACGCAACGGCAGGAUCGGUUCCGAGUACUUACAAUUACGCUGCCGUUGGAGGAGUCUCGACCACCUACCACUAUGCCUCUACGAGCGAGGCCGCAAGCGCUUCCAAGACAGCUGCGGCUCCGGACAUCAAAGUGGCUAAAAAUCUCUAUCAUGCUCCGGCCGAUGCGGUUGCCCCAAUUACGUACGACUAUGCGGUUUCGCCUCGAAUCUACGACAAGCCCGUUGCCGUGACGCAAACGCUCCGUCCAGGGCUUGUUCUCGGAGACAAAUUGGGCUCCGGGGCGUUCGGCGUCGUACUCCGCGGUCGAAUCCCUCGCGCGCUUGUUCCAGCUGACGCGCAGUACCUUCUUUCAAAUCCAGCGCAGCCUGAUCUGGAGGUGGCAGUCAAAAUGCUCCAACCCGAGUCCGGCGAACGUGCUCAGCAGGAAUUUGUCGAGGAAGCUCGCAUGGUCUCGCAGUUUGACAACCCGCAUAUCGUCCGUGCCAUUGCCACAUUGCUGGAGGCGAAACCACAUCUGUGUGUGCUGGAGCUCAUGCCACACGGCGACCUGCGCAGCGUGGUGCACCGGUCAAAGCAGGCCGGCCUCCGCUGGACAGCGGGCGAGUUUGGUCACGCCCUCGCUCAGGUGGCCGCGGGCUUGGCGUACCUGGAGUCGAUUCGGUUUGUUCACCGCGACAUUGCUGCCCGCAAUUGUCUCGUGGGCGUUGGGCUUUCAGUCAAGAUUUCCGACUUUGGCUUGACCCGUUCAUUGGCCGAGGAGCACGACUAUUACAAGAUGGAGCACAAAGGCAGGCUUCCAGUCAAGGUGCAUGCGUGA